AGUCGCAAUACUAUGGCGUCGCCACCGCCGGAGAAGUCGCAAGGCUUGCCUAAUCCUUAUGCCGCCAAAAGCCUACCGAAUCCGUACGCGCAUGCCACCGUCGCCGAGUCCGCUCCUGUGCGCUACUCUGAUGAGAAGGCGGAACCCAAGAAAUCAACUGCCUUUCAUAAUCCCCACAAUAUCAAGCGUCCCGUGGCUAAGGGUGCUGUCACCAAUAAGAGACCCCCCAUGGCACCCAGGCCUGCUGUUGUCUCGUCCGAUCCCGCGGCUACGGCCACACCCAACGAACAACGUAGCAUAGAUUACUGGCGCAGCACAGCAGAUGACGAUGCGUCUACUUUGGAAUGGAGGAGGCGCGAGCAGCAGGAACAGAGGGAGAAAAAGAAGAGGGAAAAGAAGUUGCACAAACAGUUCGGCUACUGGUAUCCGGAAAUGCCCUACAAGGCAGAUAAACCAUCCAACCUCCGAGCCUUUAGGGCCAGCGGCGCUUACCGAGAGAGGUUGCAAGGCUUCUCGUCCUUCCUGACGCAGUUUCGUCCUACGCACUCCUCCGAAGUUAGUAGCGACCCGAUCAAACCGGCAUCUUCAGCUUCUUCCCCAGCCUCUGAAAGUCACGAAGUCAAGCCUAAGCCUUCUUUUGCCCCACCGGCCAGUUAUGACCAAGACAAACCUGCCGCAAACCCUAGCCCUGUUACUGAGGCUGCGUCUGGAGAGGAUGCGUCUGCCCGCCGAGCUCGUCUUGUGCAAUCUCUUGCCUCACCUCCGCCUUCACAUGUAGCUCCCCUCCCGUCAGCCCUGGCGCCUGUCAACUCGCCGCAACCACCGCUGCCGACACAGCCGACACAGCCCGCUCCAUACAGCGCUACCAUCUCAGCUCCUCCUAUCAAAUACUCUCACACUAUAUCCGCACCGCCUGUUCGUUACGAUGUUCCUAGUAAACAGAACCAGAACGCCGCAGAUAGGCCUGCUGCAGAUGAGCGACCUGCGAAGAAACAAAAAUUGACCCCAGCGGAAGCUAUGAUGCAAAAGAUGGGUUUCAUCAAAGGCCAGGGACUCGGCAAGAACAACGACGGAAUUACCAGCCAUUUGUACCAUAAGGUCCGGAAAGGGGAUUCCAAACAAAGUGUUUCAAAACUCAAUAGCUUCGACAAUGACGAUUGGAAUGCGAAAGCCAAAGCGCAGCCGGUCUUUGACAUCCUUGGUGGCGUUCCAGUUAAGCAGAAAGAGGUUGCUAGGUUUGGCGAAGACUCGUGUGUCAUCGUUGCCUGGGGUUGCGUCGAUGACAUUGACUGGGAGGCGGAUGCCGAGCGCUCUGACGGCGGUAUCAUUCAAGAGAUGGCAGACGUAUUCAAUCCAAAGUUUGGAGAAGUCGAGCGUUUCUAUAUCAACAAGGACGGCAAGGGACAGCCAGUCUAUAUCAAAUUUCAGUCUGUCUUCAGCGCUCUUAACGCUGUCAACCGAUUCGACGAGGGCUACCAGUUUCGGGGACGUAACAUCCGCGCGCAAUUCUACCCGGAGAAGAAGUUCGAGACGCAAGCUUGGGAUCACUAGAUCUCACUAUCC